AUGAGGAGGUCAUGUCUUCCCAAAUGCAAACUUGCCCGAAUAAUGGGUUGGCUGCAGAUUAUUUUGGGAGGGUUGGUCAUCUUGGUAAGCAUUUUGAGUCUAACUAGAUUAUACUCUGUUGGUUUUUUCUUCCACAAUGAAGAUAUAUGCCAACAUUUCUAUAGUGUGAAGGAUGUUGUUUAUGAUGGUUUUGAUGCCAAAGCACUCUCUGAUCGAGUUGGAGAAGUAUUGGAUAGGUUGGAAACUUUGCAGGUCAAGCUUGAGUCAAAAGUACAAGAAAUGGAGAAAGACGAGGGAGGCACCUUUGAUAAGAAGUUUUUAGAGGAUGAAAUAGUUAGGCCUCUUCACAAUGCUAAUGUUGCUCUAAGACAGAUUCGGCUUCCAAAGAUUGAAGGAAGGAACUCCACAUUGAAGGAGGAUCCUUUGAUUAAUUUUUUUGUCAGAGAGGAGAUUAGAAAAUAUAUAACCCCAAAGGAGAAUAGAGUUGGUAAGAUUAAUCUAUAUGGGACGGACAAGGUUUAUAACACAAUUGGUCAUGCUUGUGUUUUGCACAAGAAAGAGCUAGAAGAGUACAUGGACUAUGACAUUGGUUCCUACUGUGAUGAUGAUUGGAAUUUAGCUCAGAAGCUUAUGCUCAAUGGGUGUGAUCCAUUGCCUAGAAGAAGGUGUUUGACAAGGGCUUCAAAGGCUUACCAGAAGCCUUACCCUAUCAAUGAGUCACUUUGGAGAAUACCAGAUGGCAGAAAUGUGAGGUGGGGGAAUUACCACUGCAGGAAUUUUGAGUGCUUAUCCAGCAAGAACCCAAAGAGGGGCUAUUCAAAAUGCAUUGGAUGUUUUGAAAUGGAAAAGGAAAAGCUGAAAUGGGUUUCUAAUAGCUCACUUCCUGCAGUGUUUUUGAUCAGUGAUGUUUUGGCAAUUAAGCAAGGAGAGAUAAGGAUUGGACUAGACUAUGGCAUUGGCAGUGGCACAUUUGCUGCAAGAAUGAGGGAACAAAAUGUGACAAUUGUCUCAACGGCUCUAAAUCUUGGGGCUCCUUUUAAUGAGAUGAUAGCUCUAAGGGGUUUGAUUCCUUUAUAUGUUACACUAAAUCAAAGGCUUCCAUUCUUUGAUAACACUAUGGAUUUGAUUCACACCACUGGUUUCAUGGAUGGCUGGAUUGACUUGUUGUUAUUGGACUUUAUACUAUAUGAUUGGGAUAGAAUUCUAAGACCAGGAGGUUUACUUUGGAUAGACAGAUUCUUCUGUAAGAGAAAGGAUUUGGAUGACUAUAUGUACAUGUUUCUUCAACUCAGGUACAAAAAACACAAGUGGGUUAUUUCUCAGAAGUCAAAGGAUGAGGUAUAUCUCUCUGCAUUGCUGGAAAAACCUCCUAGAGCCAUAUGA